AAAUAGCAACUUUAUUGACAAAACACUUGAGCACACAGUGCAGACACCGCUUGUCCUUCACUGCUCCUGGCUAGCUAGUGUUCUUCUAGGAUUGUUUUCUGAAAAGCAACACAUAAAGGAAAAACAUAAAACUCUGGACGAUGGCCCCAAGGAUCUGGCCUUUAGUAAAACUUGUCUCCAAGGUGACCAUUGCAGGGGGAGCAGUGUACGUCGCCUAUGACUCUGGUCUGCUGGGAAGCAGUGAACAGGGGUCAAUGGCCCUGGAGAAGGCCAAAGCAGUUGUGCCACCCGCCUUAGAAGAAUGGAUGAAGUAUUUUGGUCUGGAGGCUCAGCUUCCCACCAUGCCUAAGAUUGAAUUCUCCCCGGUUAAUUCAUGGAACGCUGGAGUGCGGUGGACAAUUUCGAGCCUUUCAGAGGCCCCAACAAGAGCAACUGAAUAUACAAAUCAGGGACUGCAGUACGUAAAAGACCUUACCAAGUGAACAGAACCUCCCUGGGUGACCUCACAUUAUUAAUGUUUGACUUUUGCACUUGAGAAAUGACAGUACUCCAAAAAUUUCACCCCCCUCCCUCCAGACUAGAAGACAUGAAAGGAAACUUCUGUGUGAGGAAUGUGCUGGAUUUAAUGUAAAAUGGUAUCUUGUGGAAGUUGUAAAUAAAGCAGGGAAGCAAAGUGUAUUUAAAUUAAAAAUGUGUUUAUGCAAGU